GCGUAAACUGAGAACUCAGACCAAUAUAUCUCUCAUUCAAAUGUCAACAAUAUUUUUGCUAUUAAUUAAUGUAUGAAUUAAAUGAAUGAAAUGAUAAUUUCGACCACAAAAUGCUUUGGUUGGCGUAUGAUAUAUGGGUUAAUCACUGAUCAAUCACUGGGUUUACGACUUAAACACAACAUUAUAUGAAAAUGGUUUGUCGUAUUCGCGCCGACGUUCACCUAAUCUAAUAAACCGAUAAUGAAAUUCACAAUAAACUCAUUUCUCGUCUCGUUUUGUUGUGAUAACGAAUAAUAAUAACAUAAAUACAACCCAUAAUACCAUUAAUAAAUAGCAUUGCAAUCAAAACCACAAUUAUUAUUCAAUUCGUGAAUUUCUAGUCAAAAUCAAUAAAAUCUUCUGAAAAUAAUAAUGAUUACCAGAAACUGAAUUGAAUAGCCAUCGAAAUCUCGUAAUACCGACACAAUGUUCUAUACGGUGGCCGCGGCCGCCACCUAUAGCUACGGCGGUCACCCGCCGACAGCUAUAUCCCCGUCUGGCACUUACUCUCCCGAAGAGAUCGAGUGUCUUAAAGACCGCAAGUGGUGGGCGUUUCUAUUGUCCAGUAUAUUCACGUUACUCGCAGGCAUUUUCAUUGUAUUAAUUUACCGAUUGAUUGAGUUCUUGUGUGCGGGCGCCUCGGGUAACAAUCAACAAUCAAAUGCGCCCAACAGUAAGGCAAACAAACAGGCGAUGUCUAACCUCCAGGUGAAAGACGUGAAACCCGCCAAUUUAGCCGCCGAACCGUUGCCGUUGACUAAAGACUUGGGAUGGAUGACAGAGGCUAAAGACUGGGCCGGAGAACUCAUUUCCGGCCAAUCAACUACUGGAAGGAUUCUCGUGGUUCUUGUAUUCCUCCUCUCCAUCGCAUCUCUGGUGAUAUAUUUCAUCGACGCCUCGAGUGAUAGCGUAGAGAAGUGCCAGAAGUGGAACGACAACGCGACACAACAAGUAGAUCUGGCCCUCAAUAUCUUUUUUAUGGUCUAUUUUUUUAUUCGGUUUAUCGCCGCAUCCGAUAAGUUGUGGUUUAUGUUAGAGUUGUAUUCAUUCGUCGAUUAUUUCACGAUUCCUCCGUCUUUUGUGUCCAUAUAUUUAGACAGAACUUGGAUUGGACUGCGAUUUUUGCGCGCAUUACGUCUCAUGUCUUUUCCAGAUAUAUUACAAUAUUUAAAUGUUUUAAAGACUUCUUCGUCCAUCCGUUUGGCCCAAUUGGUCUCUAUUGUAGUGUCCGUGUGGUUGACUGCCGCCGGACUCAUACAUUUACUCGAGAAUUCUGGCGAUCCAUUGGAUUUCACAAACGGACACCCAAUCACUUACUGGGAAUGUGUGUACUUUCUCAUAGUUACCAUGUCUACUGCUGUGUUUGCCUCAUUGGUGCCCGAAAUAACAGAACUGGUGGGACAUCCCUCUAAAUAUGCUGGCAAUUACCAGAAAAAUCCCGCUAAAAAACAUAUAGUAGUCUGCGGACACAUCACGUACGAGAGUGUCAGUCACUUUCUUAAGGACUUUCUGCACGAAGACAGAGAGGAUGUGGACGUAGAGGUUGUGUUUCUUCAUAGAAAGCCACCGGACCUCGAGCUCGAAGGUCUGAUUAAGCGUCACUUUACAACUGUUGAGUUCUUUCAGGGAUCAGUCAUGAAUCCGAUUGAUUUGAAUCGCGUUAAGGUUCACGACGCAGACGCCUGUCUAGUGUUGGCCAAUAAGUACUGUCAGGAUCCCGACGCCGAGGACGCGGCCAACAUUAUGCGAGUCAUAUCUAUCAAGAAUUAUAGCGACGAUAUACGAGUGAUAAUCCAAUUAAUGCAAUACCACAAUAAGGCAUAUCUACUCAACAUUCCCUCUUGGAAUUGGAAAAGAGGCGAUGAUGUCAUAUGUGUCAGCGAAUUGAAGUUAGGUUUCAUCGCACAGUCCUGUUUAGCCCCGGGAUUCAGUACAAUGAUGGCCAAUCUCUUUGCCAUGAGAUCAUUCAAAACAUCUCCGGACAUGCCUUCGUGGCAAAACGACUACAUGUGCGGCACCGGAAUGGAAAUGUAUACCGAGAAUCUGAGUCCGGCGUUCGCGAACAUGACGUUCGCUCAGGCGUCCGAACUCUGUUUCGUGAAACUCAAACUCCUAUUGUUGGCCAUUGAGGUGUACAACGAUUGCCCACUGCCAAGUAGCGAGUUUCACGACUACUUCAGUUUGCCACUCUGUAAGGGA